AUGAUGAUGGUCUGUUCACCAAGCUCAUUUCUCAGGAACUGCCUAUUAUUACAGCUCGGUGUUUCACAUAUCAAAUAUCAGUUAGCUGCUAUCUCGACAUUCACCCGGACCAACAAAACACGUGACUAUCAAGAUGAGGAUUUCUUCCGCUUUACUCGCGGACGUUUUGUCUAUGAUGAAGCAGAACAAUUAAGACAAAGACAUGUCGAGCACAGUAUAAAUGAGCUCGCAGCUACAGCAGCAAAGGCCAUAGGCGCAAGAAAAUGCAUUGACGUCCGAAAAUGCCCGGAUGGCCUGUAUAAUAAAGCAUUCCUACUCACCAUGGACAAUGGCAAUGAGGUUAUUAGCAAAAUACCCAAUCCCAAUGCUGGACCAGCCCAUCUAACAACAGCCAGCGAGGUCGCUACUAUGGACUUUGCACGCAAUAUUCUGCAUACGCCUGUUCCGCAUGUUUAUGCGUGGAAUUCUAGAAUCAAUGAAGAGAACCGGGUUGGAGCCGAGUACAUCAUUAUGGAAAAGGCCUCUGGGGUGCCGUUAGGGCUGGUCUGGGACUCACUUGAGCCCCCUGACAAACUGAAGGUGUUUUUACAGGUCUUCAAAUACCAGAAAAGAUGGGCGGAAGUAAAAUUUUCUCAGUUUGGCAGUCUCUACUACUCUAAAGAUCUUACGGCCGAUGCGUUGUCAGGAAGCAAUCUUUAUACUGAUGAAGAUGGACGACCAGUAAAGGACAAUCGUUUUGCAGUUGGGCCAACCGUUAGUCGAGAGUGGUUACAGAAUGGAAGGCAGAAUCUCCAGUGUUAUAGGGGACCUUGGAGCUCCCUCUUAGACUAUCGCAUGGCAAUUGGCUGUCGAGAGGGCAUAGCAAUAAGGACUCUAAAACAGUUCCCAAAGCAAUGUGUUAUGUUCUGUGGCCCGGGAGCGUAUCAGCCAACGCUCAAGAAGAAGCUUGCUGCAGUUGAGCUAUAUCCCCAAAUACUCCAGCAUAUAUUACCCAGAGAAACGGGCCUCACUUCCGGCCAUCUAUGGCACAAUGAUCUUCAUGCGGAGAAUAUAUUUGUUAAUCCAAAUAAACCAACGGAAAUCAUGGGUAUAAUUGACUGGCAAUCCUUACAGAUAGCUCCUUUGACCGAUCACUGCCUAGACCCUAGCUUUCUAGGAUACGAAGGCCCUGACGUCGGCGAUGAUCCCCAACCACCAACCCUCCGUGAAGACAUUGAUUCUCUUGAACAGGACGCAAGAAGAGCAGCCAUCAAACAGUUCUAUGAUACGUCCGUUAUGGUAGCAUGGAGAAUGCUUGUCAAGGGAAAGAAUCCUGACCAGCACGCAGCAAUCCGAUUCCGAAAAUCAAAAGCUGGACAUAUGCUGAAUCUCUCGCAAAACCUAUUUGUCUUUGGUGAAGCACAUUUUCGAGCUCUAGCACUGGAUCUAAGAGAUGAGUGGGCAGAGUCGGGAAAGGAGUUUCCACUCAAGUUUUCCGCUGCAGAGAUCUCAGAGAUAGAAACAGAUGUGAAGGCUGCUGAUAUUGGGUUGGGGGUAAUAAAUAUGAUUAUGGAGAGAAUGGGCAAUCUAUGGCCUGAGAAGGGGUUCAUUCAUCAUGAGGAUUAUGAAGCGGCCAUGGCAAUGCUACGGGAUAUCAAAGGGGAGCUCAUGGAGAAGGUCGUGCACUCCCCGGAGGAUAAGCAGGCCUUUGAGAUGUUUUGGCCUUUUGACUGCUAG